GUGACGCUGCACAUUGAAAAGGUUUGUUGACGAUAUUACAGGUAGUGUCUGUAGCAUCAGCCCUCUCGUGGAUUUCCUCGUGUGCGUAGUGUUCACUCUUUUUUUCUGAAUUCAAAAAAUGGAAUCGACUUGGGACGCGAAAUCAUGGCUUACAACUAAUUACAAGAAGAACAAUGGACUACCAGAAUUCUUCUUAGAAGGAAAUUAUCCUGCUUCGACACACGAAGUAGCUAAAGAGACUUACAAAGCCACUGUUAAAUCGCUAUUUGACACAACAGAAGAUGGAAAGUUGAAAUACUGGGCUCAAAUGAUGAUUUUGUCAAAUUUUUUAGCUUUAGAAUUAACGAAAACGAAUACCUUUUGGCGUCGCCAAUUGAUAAUAGAUGAAAAGAAUCUGGCCGCGAAAUUUAUAAAAGAGCCGUCAGCAAAUAGCAUGCACUUGUAUGAACAGUCUUUAGCGAGGCAACAACGUUUCCUCAUACGUGGCAUGCACAACGCUUUCGACAUAACGGGCACCAAGCAAGGCAGCCACGUGAACCAUGCAACUGAUGAACUGAAACAGAUUGUAUGCAACAAAGAGUUUGGUAAUUUUGAGUAUGAAAAAAUAAACGCUGUUGACGAAAAGUAUAUUACGUUGAACAAUCAAAAAAACUAUGUGAAUCUCAACCGGUCGCUUCAUGCACAACUUGAAAAGGCCAUAGACCAGGAAUAUUCAAAUACGAAAAUCAUUAAUCAUAUAAUUGAAACUCAUGUACAUAAUAGCAUAGCAUUACAAGCAGAUUUAGCUCCCUUGAUGAGCUGCUUACUACACACUGACGAUGUAGUUCUUAUUGUCGACCAGCAUAAGAUAAUAGAAUUCUUGCGGAAAUGCGAAGCCCAUAGCAUGACUCUAGAUGUCAUUGACUACCGUUUGUACGGCAAGGCUAUUCCCCGACGUGCAACCUUCGCAUAUCUGGGCGCACUCUUCAAGCCCAGUGGUCACAUCAGCACUAUUGGCCUCAUUACAGCCAACACUACUAAAGCUCUUACAACCUUCGCACAACUCACCGCCAUUGGCGUGAGCCUUAGGGGUUUCGGACACCUACUAUCAAUCAGAUUCUAUACCCAAAUCAUUCGAGCCCAGCUGGACUAUAGCCUAACCAUUAGUUCUUUCAACUUGCGCAAUUAUAGUCAGCUCGAAGACGCCCAGAACAAGUGCAUCCGCUUCCUCUUUGGUGUCAUCAACAAUCUUCUGUGAAGACGAUACUCCAGAUGACCAGACUGCCGACAAUGCAAGAGAGGGCAUACACCCUACAAACUCAGUUCCUCUUUCGCUCCUUAAGGCUACCAGAUGAUGCUCUUCUCACGAAACCCCUUCCCUUCCUUAAGCAACCGAACAGUCGCUCUCAAUGGCACAAAUUGCCAAAGAACCCCCUUUGGCAACGGCGCUCGGGCAUUGUAAACUCCUUAGACAAGAAAUAUGUCCACUAUCGUUUUUUUAGAAAGAAGCACAGCACGUCUGCACAGCAUUCGC